AUGCAUUACUUAAAACCAAUGUUUCCUUUUAUCUUGGCCGCAGCAACCCUUAGUUCUGCCCAACAAACUGAUACCACAACCACCUCCUCGGCAGAUAAUGCAGUGAAUACAAAGUGCGAGGCGGACAACGCUGUAAAGCAAUGCGUCCAGUCAAUGAAAUCAAACCUCGAUAAGUGCACAUCAGACGACCGGACGUGUCAAUGUAUCAACAGUGCAAGUGUGGUAGGCUGCUAUAAUGACUGCCCAAAUGAUCCUGCUAGUGCAGGCGCGCAGUCCAUACACGAGCGAAAUUGCGCGAAGACCAGUAAGGACACGCCGGCAUUGACAACAUCUAUCUCUGUGACGGCAUCUACUAGUUCAACCUCUAUUUCCGUGGUAUCUAGCGAGACUGCGACUGUUAGCCAAGCAGCGACCACGAAUGGCAGUUAUGAUAAUGAUUCCGAUUCUGAUGACAAUAGCGGAUUCAAGGAAGGCCAUCCGACCAUGUCAUUUAGUGGAUUGGAAUCUAAUAAUGAAUUGAGCGAAAGUGCGAAGGAGGGUGGUGCUUCUAGCUUGGGGUCGUUGAAAGCAAGGAGUUGGAUUGGUUUGUUAGGGCUGAGUUUGGGGAUUUUUCUUUAA